AUGAUUAGGUCAUCAUUGUAUUUGUGCAUAGUUAUAUUAUGCGUAUAUUUGCGCCGUUAUGUUGCGGAAGAACGCCAUCGCCAUUUCGCAGGAUUCAGGGUUGUUAAGGAUGGUUCGUCUGUUUUCCCGGGCCUGGUGCCGCAGUUAAACGACCAUGUCUAUCUUGCAUAUUAUAAUACCGUGCAUGGUAUCAACAAUGAUGAAAUAACGACGGAAGAAGAAGGUAACCUGGUACCAGAUAAUGUGCAACCAGGUCUCUCGAUCCUGUCCUUUCCUAAAUCAGAUGCUGACAAAGUAUCCUCCGGCCGUGCCAGCUAUGUGGAAUCAUGUUGCAUGGCUCUCACGGCAAUUUCCAUGUCAGGGAGGCUUCCCGGCAGUGCGAACUCAAAGGGAAGUUCGUGCUCAUUAGGCCUGUUCUAUCGUCGGUGCCUCGGCCUAAACGGCCAAUUGGUGUCAGAUGUAGACACCCAGUAUGCGUCGUGCCUUUCCCAACUGCCAAAGGGCAUUACCAUUGGGGACGUAUAUCUGUUCGAAAAAUGGGCACGCCAAUGCCCUAAGCCGUUAUAUGCCGAUGAUGCUGAACUGCAGCAGAAGGCCAAAUCCUGUCAUUCGGCUUUCAAGGGGGCACCUUCAGCAAAGGGCAUGACGGACGCGCGUCAUUGCUUCCUCAACGAUGUAUUGGGGGUUGAAUGGGUUCCGUACGCUGAGGUGCACAGGGAAUCAGCUACCUCCAAGAUAAUCCCGAACCAUUCGGAAGCCGAUGCUUCAAAUCAUCCCCGUAUGUGGCAAUAUCAGCAUAUGCCCAAAGUUGCUGAAUUUGCACUUGGUAUCCCUGAUGCUGUCACGAAGUUUUACAAAGUUGCAUUAAAAAAGUCACAGAACGCCAAAGCUAAAGCGAUUUCUAAAUUCCUAGAAUCACAUGCUACAGACAUACGUCUCAGAUAUAUGACUCUUGCAAUAAUUAAUCGCUCUGGCGAACAAAGAACUGAACUCAGCUUCGGUAUAUCGUUUUCUUCUCCGGAAGAUGCCGCGAUGCCGGAGUUCGACUUCGUCGCGCCUGAAAAGGUCCAUGGAUGUAUGAGUGCGUCCGUUCUAGGAACAGUAGAGCCUUUGAUUGCAGCAGAGGCUAUUAAUGCCCAGCUUAUGUACUCUCAAUUCGCAGGGGAAGGGCAGCAUCGUUGGAUGACGGUCACAGCGACGAUCAACGUGUUGCCGUUGAAGCGUCUGCUUGGAUUCCCGGAAAAAAUAUACCUAAAGGUGGCACACAUGUUCGAUAGUAAUGUUUACCUGGAUAACGAUGAGCUGAAUCAAUCGUUCCAGCGCUUGGAGUCCGAGGCUGAGGUAACCGGUCUACAUAGCUCGAAGGUGGAUGAAGGAACGGACGCAAAAACGGGUCUAGCUGAUAUACACACUAUACGCACACAAUUCAUCAAUGUCGAGGAUCCAGAAAUGCGAUCCUCGCCAUUAAUCUGGUACGGCUAUAUUGCGCUUGACACGUGGUCUCUAAGUUACGACCGCGUGCAGGUACGAUACCGCCUACCUGUACACCUGCGAUAUGUGUACAUGAAUAAGGGAAUGACCCGUGAAGUGGCUGACGCAGCUCGGGGAGAGGAGUUGUCUCAAUACACCGAAGGUCAAUACGCCACGGUAAUGCUAUCUGAGCCUAUGCUGUUCGUGUUAAACACAAAAAAUAGCAGAUAUGGAGCCGACGAGGAUAUAACUCCGUUGGUGGAGUCGUACAUCGCAUUCCGCCGACGCGUGUCCUUCCUAAAUUUAGUCGCUCCUGGGUCCAAAGAAACUACUAAAGGAAAGCCGGUACAACGCUUGUCAUGGCGUAGGGUAUACAUAACUAAGCGUGAUUCAGCGUAUAUCACUGGAGCCUCCGCUUCCGUAUGUAAUCCUGACCGCAGUGGCCUGGCGUUCGUCACACGCUCGUUCUCAGUUGAGCGUUGUCCUAAGACUAACAAGAGCGCCCUCACCUAUAAGGGUCAACAAGCUUACGUAGUGUUCACGGCGCCCAGGGGAGACUACAGGGACUUCCCCGUCGUGUUCAUUGUCACCGUGGUCGUCACCGUGGUCGCUGCCCUGGUGUCACUAACAAUGGUAAGAAAAAGUAUGGCCGAACUAUUUGAUAAACGCAAAAUGGAUUAG